CAUCUGCAGUGCUGGGGCCCAGCAUGACCCUGAACCCUCCAUUCACUGGUCUGCUAUUUCCUUCACCUGCUUCCGGCCGAGUAUCCAGGCCCCCUGGGAGCAGCUGCCACCUGCCCUCGUGACGACCUCCUCCCUCAACUGGAGUGCUCCAGGGGCCUUCUGUGGGGGUGCUCAGCGUCCUGCUCCCCUGCUGUUGGCAGCGCCUGCUGUGGAGACCGUGAUUCCUGUGGCAUCCACCGGGGGCACGUGGGCUGGCGAAAAGGACUGGUUCCCAGGCCACCUACCUCUGGCCCACCCUCCAGCUGCCCAGCUGGUUCCCACCGUGUUCCCAGGGAAUGCCAGGCCACGGCCACAUGGGGCUUGUGGGGAUGGUGACAAGGCCCCUUCCCAGGCCAAGGCCCCGCCAAAGGACUCCUAUAACCCCAGGAGUGUUUACCAGAACUUCCGACGCUGGCAGUGCUUCAAGCACCUGGCCUGCAAGCACCUGCCCCAGAGUCCUGAUGCUGAAGCUCUGUCCUGCUUCCUCAUCCCAGUGCUUCGAUCCCUGGCCCGGCUGAAGCCCACCAUGAGCCUGGAGGAGGGAGUGCGGCGGGCCAGGCAGGAAUGGCAGGGCACAAGCAACUAUGACCGCAUGAUCUAUUACAACAUGGCAGCAAAGUUCAUGGAGUUUGAGGCUGAGGAGGAGAUGCAGCUCCAGAAGCUGCAGUGCAUGAAGGGGCCCCAUGGCCUGCCUCCUCCAGCCCCACUGAAGCUUGCUCCUCCAGGGCCACCAGCCCCCAACAUUGUGCCACAGCCAGGGUGUGCUCCCAGGAAGGCUGGCCACAGGGCACCAUACACUCGCCUGCCACCAUUCAGACCCCAGCAGCCACCCCAGGCCAAGGCGCCUAAGGAGAUCCUGCCAGAAGCUGACCAGGAGUGUGUGGACAUCAUGGAGGCACUGCUGGGGCCUGAUGCAAAUCAGGAGGAGAGUGAUCUGGGGCAGACGCAGGAGGAGGACGGGCUUUACCCAGACCCAGGUCUCCUGAGCUACACUGAUAAGCUGUGCUCCCAGGAAGACUUCACUGCCAAGGUGGAGGCCACCAUCCACCCCCAAUUCCUGGCAGAUUUGCUUUCCCCAGACCCCAAAUUGGAUCCAUUGUCUCUAACACAGAAGCUGGAGCAGGAAGAAGGACUCAUCCUAGCACAGUCGGUGGAGAAGCACCUCCUGGUCCUGAAUGAUGCAGGAUGUGCGGCCGCCACAGGUCAUGGCACACCCCAACUGGACUCAAGUCCUAAGACUGCAGCUGGCCAAGGAGCAGAGAGAAAUGACCAUGGCCCCCAAGUACGGGUCAGUGUAGAAAGCUGCCCAGCACAGCUGGCUUCCCAGGACCCUCCAUGGCGCAGCAGAGCCAACACCAACCUGCCCAGGCACAAGGAGCGUAACCUCUGGCCUGGCUGUCAGGAGUAGCCCAUGCCGAGGGCCACCCGGCCCAGCUCCCCACCCCAGGGCCACAGACCCUCCUCGCCUGGUCACAGGGGAGCCUGUCCUGUCAUGCCUGAGUGGGGCCCAGCAGUCGGCUCCAGUGAGGAGGAGGAGGACCUCCCCAGCCUGGGCUUCCUCCUGACCUAG